UCCGGGACUCAGGCUGCCAUCGUCUUCAGCUGCUGCCACACGAACCGAGCGCUUGUGUUUCGUUAUCACUUUGCCCGGCCAAUCGUGCCCCAAAGGUAUCUUAUUUCAAGGCAAAAAUGCGAAGAACCAGGCAUAUCGUACUGCCUGUUAGGUCCUGGCAGUACAUCGGCUUGCUCGUCGUGUCCCUCGCUUGUCUUACGCUGGGCCAUGUGUCCCGAGACAGGGAGGGCAGACAUGGGAGUCUCACCAGUCCCGAGCUCACGCAUGCUGCUCCCCACGAGGUGGACGCCUGUCCAAACUACAGUCCCACGAGCCGAUUCCUGAGCACCGUCCCGUCCGAGACCUCACCUCGCCCGACUUGGACUCCACCGACCAGAGCUCGCUCGCCGUCCCGAGCCGCGUCCUUGGAACGUCGCGUCCAGCUCCAGAGCUCCCGAGCCGACGAGACGCGGCGCGAUUCUCGGGAAAAACGCGACGCCACCGCGAGAGCCAACAGGAGAUCGGUAAGCGAUCGGCCGGCCAGCCGGGUGGCUCGCGCGGCCUCGGAGGAGCGAUCGGUACGGGAGCGCGGAAGAUCGGUCAGGGAUGCUCGGGAGUAUCGGCAAGGAGGGCGGGAGGAGAUCGGUAGAGCGAGAUCGGAGUAUCGGCGGGAGUCAAGGGCCAGGGAGGCUCGAGAAUCGAGGAUCGGCGAGGUGAGGGGAGGAGAGGCCGAGCGGCGAGCUGGAGCUCGCGUCUCGCGAAAGGCUCGAGGAGCAGCGGAUGCGUCACGGCGGGUCGAGGAUUUCACCCGGUUUCGCACCGAUGAUGCCCGGCGAGACAAGCGAACGACGUCGGAGAGGCGAUCCGCCUUUGGUCGGGACGCGAGAAUCAAGUCUUACAUGGAUUACGAGUACCUGAAAAAGACAACUCCGAUCGACGGCCUGAAGUACGAGGUCCUUCGGCAGGCCGUUGUCAUUGGACUGUGCGCUAUUUACGGAGCUUCGGUUUUCAAGGGCAAGACAUCGUUUGUUGGGUAG